AUGAAGCUAGAUUCUAAUAACAAAAUGAUAAACAACGAAAGUGGUGCAGACACCCCAGAAGAAGUAGUUGAUCCACGUCAAAACGCCGAAGAUAUCAUUGACGAGAUUCUUGCAGAGUUUACAGAUUCAUUAUCUCCAGAUACCACAAGAAAUGGAAACACUGUUCCCGAAAAUCUUUUUUCCAUGAUACAGCCACCAAGGACGCGAACGCCUGCGAAUUCAUUUUCCGAAAAUGCUACUAUUGAAGAUAUAGAUCCCUCAUCUGACCUAGGGACGUCGAUUCGAAACAAAUGCUUAGAAUUAGAAGAAAUUCUUCAAAGCUUAAAAUCACGCCUGAAUCAUGUCGUAUUAGAUGAGAACAUUGUUCUUAGUCCUGAAGCAAAUUCAAUGGAAGCUCAAUUAGAGCAUGAUUUAGAUACAGACUGCCAAGAAGAUAUUUCAUUACAAGAGUUCUUAGAACUUCUACAUUCACAAAAUAAAAUCCCACAAAGUGGUGUGCAAUGA